AUGCCGGCUAAAAUUUCUACAAGAGGUCAUACGUCGAAAGGUACUAAUGUAUUUAAUGAUUCGCAAAUAAAUAUUGAACAACUAGUUCGAGAAGUACUUCAAUCUGAUUUAAUAAUUGAUACAUGUGCCAAAAUUGAUAUUAUUAUUAAUAAUGAAGAUAUUAGUAUCAGCCAUCGUAUUGGUAAAGUAAACAAUUCCAUGGGUCAACGUCCAAGUGCUAUUAUUGUGCGCUUCGUGCGUUAUUGUACACGUCAAAUGAUACUUCGGAAUAAGAAAAAACUGGAACGUGAAAAAAAGUGUAUUUAUACGUCAAAUGGUAAAGUUAUGUAUAAUGAUGGUAAAAAACGUCUUGAGUUAUUUUCAAUUCAAUAUGCUAAAGGUUUAAUUGAUGAUGGAAGGGAUUAA